AUGGGUGUCCGCGCCCGGAAAGGGGCCGUGCUGGCCGUCUCCUCUGGGGAGCCGGGCAGCCAGAGGUUCCCGCUGUGCAGGGUGUUGUGGCUGAGGUCUCACCGGGUGUGUUCCCUUACAGCCUGGAGGAAGGCCCAGCUGUAUGCAGAUUGGCGGCAGGAGAAGUUCCAGGCCUGGCCUGUCACUCUGGACCCAGGCUCUGCGGAUUCCAGCCUUGUUGUCUCUCAUGAGAGGAGGAGCGUGGCCUUGAAGGAGGCCUGUGAGGAUUCUGGCGGCAGCGUGUUGGGCCUGGAGGGCAUCACAGCAGGGCGCUGUCACUGGGAGGUGGAGGUCCCCUAUGGGGACGGAAGCGAGUGGUUUCUGGGGGUCUGCCGGGAAGAUGUGGAAAGGACAGGGUGGUACACAGAGUCCCCAGAAAAGGGGUUCUGGGUUGUGGGGCAGUUUGAAGCUGGAUUUUGUCCCUGCACUAAGGAUCCCACUCCUUUACCCCUGAGGCAGCUUCCGCGCAGGGUGGGGGUUUUCCUGGACUACAGCGAAGGGGACGUCUCCUUCUACAACAUGACUGAUGGCUCCCACAUUUUCUCCUUCCCUCGGGCUUCCUUCUCCGGGACCCUCUUUCCAUACUUCAGGUUGAAGUCAGGAGUUGGGUCCUUGACCAUCUGCCCCAUGGCGGGGCUUUCAGACCUGGCCAAGCCUCUCUAUGAAGCUUUAAGAGGAGAAGAGAAGGCACCCAUCAGCUGGGGUCCCGAACAGGAGAAAGCCUUUGUCACCAUAAAGGUAAAGCUCACUGAGGCCCUGGCUCUGGGGCUACCAGAUGUGAAUUGA